AUGGCUGCUCAACAAACUAGCAACAACGCUAACACUACUUCUACCGCUGGCAAAAAAGAUGCUGGAAAGGACAACUGGGUCAGAAAAGUCCCUGGUGGAUUCGUCGGUUCUAUAAUUGGCAAAGGUCUAAUGGUCUUGGUCGGAAUCUCGACCUCAGAUACCAAAGAUGAUAUAUUGAAACUAAGCAAGAAGUUACUUUCGUUGCGUAUAUUUGAGGACAUGACACAACCAGCCGAGACGACUACAAAAUGGUAUGGAAAACCGUGGAGCAAGUCCGUCGUCGAUGUUCAAGGGGAAAUCCUAUCGGUGUCGCAAUUCACGCUAUACGGAACAAUCAAAAAGGGAACAAAGCCUGAUUUUCACAAAGCUGCAAAGGGAGAGAGUGCCAAAGAGUUGUAUGGGAUGUUGUUGGAUGAAUUGAGGAGAGGCUUGGGUACAGAUAAGGUAAAAGACGGAGAAUUCGGGGCAAUGAUGGACAUGCCAGAAUUAUUUUAUAAAGAAGUCCUGUCACCAGGGCUUGAGAUCAAAGAGCUUUUAUUUGAUUCGUACUCCAUCACUGGUAGGUCUUUAUCGAGGUCAUUAGCGACGUCUUAUAGAGUAGAAGUUUUAAAAGUAUAA